AUGGUUUAUGAAAGGUCCAAUUCUGGUCCUGUGAUCCCUGUUCAAAUCGCAUUUUUCAUACUGCUGAGCAUGAAUAACCAGGAGGAGCCCAUGGAUGUGAAUCCGUGGGGAGAUCCUGUGCUUAAUGCUUCAACUACAACCUUGGAUACAAACGUGUGGGUUGGCGUCGGGGACGAUCGUUUAGAAGAGCAUGGUCAAGCAAUUGCGGAGCAAAGCACGGAUUCGUAUUCGCAAAAGUUGGCAAAUGACUUUGGGGAUGCGAAGAGUGUCUCUGAUAUCAUUGAUGAGCAAGACUGGCCCAGAGAAAGUGUCUCGGUUUCUGCUUCUCCCUCUGCCUCGGAAAGGAUACGAAGGAGUCCUGAACAACCGUUUGAAGAUUAUGCAGGGUCUGGAAAUGAAAAAAAGGACGAAUCAGCACACCAAGAUGAUAUAGGUUUCAAUUUAAAUCAGAGAAAACAUCAAGGUGAUGAUACAGCUGUUGAAACAGCAGCUAGUGAAGGGAGUAAUGACACUGAAGCUGACUCUGAUUCAGAUGUAUUUGAUGAAUUUGAAGAAUUCCAGCAAGUGCAGGUGCCCAAGUUCGAACCAGUGGUAAAUAUAGACGACGCUCUAAAGCAGAUUUACGGCGGGGAGGUGCGAUUAGACGCUCCCAAGGAGCACAUAUUGGACGUGGGAUCGAGUCGAUCGCGGUAUAAUGUGAUAGUAGCACACAGCCGUCAAUUUGGCUUUGAAGAGAAGCCGAUCAACUUUAGACUGAAAGAUGGGUGGAGGCGUACACACACCAGGGCCGCUGUUUUGGGCAUCGUUCACGAAUGGAACGAGGUGGAGAACGGACUGAGUGUGGGUGGAGAGUCCAAAAAGGGCUGGAAGCUGUUUAAUUGGUCAACAGGGACAGAGGAGGCAACAGAGCCCGAUGUCAAGAUAAUAAAAAAGUCUGUGGGAAAGAGUCUUUUGAAAGAGGCAGGCAGGCAUGCUCUUGAGCUGAAGACCCAGAGACUGCAAAGAGAACGGGCAGAGAUAGAGAAACAAAACCGAGAAAAGGCCGAGAAGACUCAGAGAUUGGAAUUGCAAAGGUCCAAACGACUUGCUAAUGCUAAGAAGUAUGCGGCCCCAGAGAUUGCACUUCCCCAGAAGAAGACGUUCUUCACCAAGUUGUUUGGAAAGAAAUCCACUGGAAUUUCGAGCGAUAAUAUGUCACCAGAGCCGUUGGCUCCAGGAGAGGACACCCAGCAAAGAGUAGAUCCUUUUGAGUUUCAAAAUUAUUCCGGAUCAGACGAGGAUGACGAGGAUAACGAAGGCUACGACUUUGGGUAUAACCAAUUGGGUGCGGACGAUGAAGUUGAAGGAAAUUACAUUGAGGAGACUGACGAUGUUGAAAAUGUUCAGGAAGCUAAACAGGAUAUUGGAGCCCCAUCAGAAGACGAAUUUGCCGAGUUUGAGUCUUCGGCAUUUGAAUCACCACCAGCCAAUUCGAACCUUUCACCUCCAACCGAGACGUUGGUGGUUGAAGAAGAAUUCGACGAAUUUAAAUCGUCAUCGCCAAUCGUUUUGGAAAAAUCAGAGCCUCAAAAGAAUCCUCAGAUUGUGUCCACAGUCCCUGGAGAAACCCCAAAAAUUAUCUCUGAAGACGAGUCUGACGAGUCUGACGAUUUUGACGAAUUCAAUACUCCGGUACCGGCACCGGUAGCGGCGCCGCUAACGGUGGUGAAGCCGAUGCAGGCUAUGAAGCCGAUGAAGCUCAUGGUUCCUAUGAAGCCAAUGAAGGCCGAGACUUCGCAUAGUCCAAAGGAAGACCCCAAAACGGGAUUAUCAGGUGCGUUGAUAGAUCUGUAA